ACCGGCUUCCCUCUCGGAUAGCCAGGGCUGAUGAUUUCAACUCAUUAAUCAUUUCGAACCUUUCCCAACAAACAGCCUCAUGGCCGGCCCAAACCUCCCCUGUCCCGGCUCAGGAAAUGAUCUCGGUCGGAAGUGAAAAGACCAAAUCGGCCCCAGGAGGCCAUUUUCUUCGACAGAAGCUGAGGCCUGGGGGCGAGGCCUUCCCCCUGCUUCCCUUCCAUUCCCCCGCCCCCACGCUUUCCGAUCUCGGCCCAAAGAAGAGGCUUGGCCGCGAAUCACCGGUUUGCAUUGGCCCCUGGGGCGUGGGCGGCUUUCUGAGACCAGGCUGGGGCUGGGACUCCACCACCUUCAGCUAAGGGUACCGAAGUCUGUCCGGGAGUCGGCGUCACCGGGACUCGAACCUGCCUUUUCGUCUUCCGAGGCCUAGUGCGAACCUGCUGCGCUAAACUCAGUCACACUGUCCCUUUAAGGCGGCACUUUUUAUUCUUCAUUUGUUUACUUCUUCAUGCGCUUUUCGUUCUUUACAAAAUGUGCUCGCGAUAUCCUUCCGCAAGUGUCAAUCUCAGGCACUCACCAGCCGCCUUGAAGCCGUUUCUGUAAUCUUAAGAAUCGCGAGUUACCAGCCGUGGGCCGACAUCUCUCUUUAUAGGAUUUAAUUCUUAUACAUUUUAGGGACUACUUUUUAGGAAUAAACCAUUCUUGCGUUAGUUAAUAAAGGUUCAUAACCUUCGGAACCCUUCCGCUGAGAACAGAAUAGGAUAGUAGCCUUUAUAACGCACCUUUUCAUAACAAUAUUCUGUGUGGACUCUCAUAGGCCAUCGAAUCUUCUCGUAUUCCUGAAACAGAAUGGUACGGUCCAGAACCCGCCCCAUCUUCUCUGCGAUUGGCCGUCCUUCCUCAGUGAGUCGUGUGAUUUUUCACCAAUGGCCGCUCGCGUUUCUUUAGCGAGGGCUAAGCGAUGGAAGGAGGUGGCCAGGGAGACGCCCCCUACGCGUUCUGGGAUUGGCUACGUCGCACGGCGCGCGAGGACGGCGGGCCCGAAAGAUAAGAACUACGACUCCCGGCUCCCCGCAAUGGGAACUCCAUUACGCAUGCGCAUGGGCGGGGCGAACAAGCUUCUAUAUAAAAGGGGCGCAGAGGGCUGGGAGGCAGCAGUUGGAAGUUGGCAGGUGGAGAGGCAGGUUGGGAGGGAAAGUCGGGGGAGGAGGCGGAAGAGGAGCUGUGGGAAGCGGGAGGAGGGAGGGAGGAAAAGAGGAGGAGGCGGAGGAGAACUGAGCAGAGCAGAGCAUCGAGCCAAAGGGGAGAUGAGUUUGUCUGUCCUCUGCUGAGGCUCCGGCCGGGCCUAGGGAACUGGGAGCUUAGGUGGAAGCGACACCCGUGGAAGUGGGAGGAGGUGGCUCCGGGACUUUAACCCCUUGUGGGCUCUGCGGCAGGGGAUUUAACCCUUUGUGGAUCUGGCCCCUCGGAGGCAGCGUCAUCGGUAGUUUUAACCCCUUCGGGGCUGGGUUUCACCCACUGGACUUACCCUCAUCACCUUGCUUACCAACUCCUUUAUUGGGGUGCUCCGCUUGGAGGUUUGAGGCCCACCUCCGCACAUUACGUACUGUUCCUGCCGCUGCACCCCCUUGGACCCGCUAGCUGGCCGCACUGUGGACGCUUAACCCUUUACUGACUUGAGCUCCCCAGAUUGCAGUUGGAGUUUGCUGAUAGAAGGACUAGCUAAAGGCGUCACUGCAGGAAUUACAAACUGAAGAGGACUCUGUUGGACUGUUUUUCUUUCUUUUUUUUUUUUUAAGAAAAACUCCAUUUUUUUUUUUCUUGAGGACUUAGUAGCCAAAAUUUCUCAAACUUCGAGGACUCUACUAGCCAUGGCCGAGCCAUUCUUGUCAGAAUAUCAACACCAGCCUCAAACUAGCAACUGUACAGGUGCUGCUGCUGUCCAGGAAGAGCCGAACCCUGAGCGCCCCCCAGGCGCGGAGGAGCGGGUGCCCGAGGAGGACAGUAGGUGGCAAUCGAGAGCGUUCCCCCAGUUGGGUGGCCGUCCGGGGCCGGAGGGGGAAGGGAGCCUGGAGUCCCAACCACCUCCCUUGCAGCCCCAGGCCUGUCCAGAAUCUAGCUGCCUGAUAAAGGGCGAGAAGGGCCAGAAUGGGGACGACUUGUCCGCUGGCGGCGACUUCCCGCCGCCGGCAGAAGGGGAACCGAAGCCCGAGGCCGAGCUGCUCGCCCAGCCUUGUCAUGACUCCGAGGCCAGUAAGUUGGGGGCUCCUGCCGCAGGGGGCGAAGAGGAGUGGGGACAGCAGCAGAGACAGCUGGGCAAGAAAAAACAUAGGAGACGCCCGUCCAAGAAGAAGCGGCAUUGGAAACCAUACUACAAGCUGACCUGGGAGGAGAAGAAAAAGUUCGACGAGAAACAGAGCCUGCGAGCUUCAAGGAUCCGAGCCGAGAUGUUCGCCAAGGGCCAGCCGGUCGCGCCCUAUAACACCACGCAGUUCCUCAUGGAUGAUCACGACCAGGAGGAGCCGGAUCUCAAAACCGGCCUGUACUCCAAGCGGGCCGCCGCCAAAUCCGACGACACCAGCGAUGACGACUUCAUGGAAGAAGGGGGUGAGGAGGAUGGGGGCAGCGAUGGGAUGGGAGGGGACGGCAGCGAGUUUCUGCAGCGGGACUUCUCGGAGACAUACGAGCGGUACCACACAGAGAGCCUACAGAACAUGAGCAAGCAGGAGCUCAUCAAGGAGUACCUGGAGCUGGAGAAGUGCCUCUCGCGCAUGGAGGACGAGAACAACCGGCUGCGGCUGGAGAGCAAGCGGCUGGGCGGCGACGACGCGCGUGUGCGGGAGCUGGAGCUGGAGCUGGACCGGCUGCGCGCCGAGAACCUCCAGCUGCUGACCGAGAACGAACUGCACCGGCAGCAGGAACGAGCGCCGCUUUCCAAGUUUGGAGACUAGACUGAAACUUUUUGGGGGAGGGGGCAAAGGGGACUUUUUACAGUGAUGGAAUGUAACAUUAUAUACAUGUGUAUAUAAGACAGUGGACCUUUUUAUGACACAUAAUCAGAAGAGAAAUCCCCCUGGCUUUGGUUGGUUUCGUAAAUUUAGCUAUAUGUAGCUUGCGUGCUUUCUCCUGUUCUUUUAAUUAUGUGAAACUGAAGAAUUGCUUUUCUUGUUUUCCUUUUUAGAAGAUUUUUUCCUUAAUGUGAAAGUAAUUUGACCAAGUUAUAAUGCAUUUUUGUUUUUAACAAAUCCCCUCCUUAAACGGAGCUAUAAGGUGGCCAAAUCUGAGAACAAUUAAAUUCAUUUUAGUUAUAAUAAAUUUAAUAUUUGUAAAUGUAAUAUAGUUUCAGUGUGAUUUCUAGAGCUAAUUCAAAAUAGUAUUAUUUUAUGUGAUUGCAUUUUUGGGGAGGGGUACCGAAAUCGUUAAAUUUGUCAGUUUGCAAAAAUAUCAGUCUUUAAUGGGAGAAUUUUCAAUUUGCCAAUUUUUUCCUUGAAUGGGUUUGGGUUUAAGUAUGCUACAAUACACAGUUCAGGCAAAAUAUAAAGAUUUAAUUAUCUUCAAUACUUAAGUGUGCUUGCUUUCUAGUGCCUUGGUUUUCUUUCUUGAUGCUGGAAAAAUAAACCGGUGUUGAGUGUUUAGGUGACUGGAAAGUGGCUACAAUCCAAAAUUUUAAAUUUAAGUCUGCCUCCGCCAUUCAAAAGUCUAAUAACAAAAAAUGUAAACCUAAUUUGACAGUUUGUUACGUUAGACAACUGUCAGCAUUUCAUUCCUACAAGUUGGUUUUCAGUGAUCUCUUCCAUCCCCCCAGUAAGGCUGGAAGAAGUUCCUGGAUGCCUGGAAGAGGCUCUUAGCAAACUUCUUAGUGCAAGCAAUGGUUAGAUUAAUUUGUGGGGCAGCUCUUUAAGACAUUCAGAGGUGGGAAAUACUGGAUUUAUAAAGGAAAUGGCUGUUUGGGGGAUUCCAAGGACUUACCCUAAUUGUCCAAUACUACGUGCUCUGUAUACAAAAAAAAAAAAAAGGAAUAGGAGCUAUCCACCUUUCCAUGUGGGUCAAACUAAAAUUAGAAAUGUCCCCUCACUGCAGAUCAAAUGUAAAGCUUCCAGUUAAGGAGCUAAAUGAGGUCCUCAGCUGAACGAGGAACCCUGUACAUUUCCUUGAACAGCCCUAUUCUAAAUCGCCUAAACUAUGCUGAUAGCUGUUUAGGUUCUUGAGUAGUUCUGCUCUUAAAUGUAGGGAGGCCCUGAGAACUAAUUUUUGCCCCAAAAUAAAAAUAGAAAGAAAUUAUGAGAUUAUUCCCUCCUGUCACUUUGGUUAACCCAGUCCUUCACCUGCCCUGUGUCAGUGUUUCCUGAGGGCAACUGCGUUGCUCAAAUCACUAACACAGAGGUUCCUUAACUUGGGGCCUUAGAAACCAUUGUGGGCCUUGGGGUCCAUGAACCCCAUGAAAUUAUUUGUAGACUUGUGUUAUAUGUACAUUUUUCUGGGGAGUUCAAGAGAUUCGUAAGAUUGUCAAACUCCUUGAAGGUUCAGAACCCCUGCAGGGAAGGGGGAAGAAAACCCUCCCAUUAGGAAGCAUGCUUUUGCAGUUAAAUGGCGGUGAUUGAGGUGAUAGGGACUUCAAGAGUAAAAUGCACCUUGUGAUGCAUAAGAAGCAUACACAAAUCAAUAAAUCAAGGGAGAUUACACCAGUAGGACUAAAUCAGGGCCUUCAAAGCUGGACUGAGUUGGUCCUGUUCUGGCACAUAUGGUCCACUGGAGACAAUGUAUGAUUGUGUUUUUCUUUGGCCUAAAAAUUAUAUUAAACAUUUAUUUUGAAAUA